UGAGAGGAGGCAGGUGGGUGUGGCUGGCUCCCACCAAGCGAGGACGCCUCCCAGCAGCUCACUGGGGCCUGAGAGCGGACCUGAGCUGGGUGUUCGCUGAAAGAAACCUCGUUUCCCACCCGCCUCUUUCGCUGGGUGCCAACAGGACCCCUCCCCACAACCAGCUGGGCCUCCCGAACACGGCACCCUGCUGAUCACCGCUCACCCUAUGCCCAGUCCCCCGCUCCUGCCCUUGCCUGUGUCCCUGGCUGCCUCCCAAGCAGUGCUAAAGGGAGCCGUCUGCCUGCCAGACCCACCCCAGCUCUUUUUUUCCUUGUUUUUUAAAUUCUCACCGAGGAUAUUUUUUCCCCCAUUGAUUUUUUAGAGAGUGGAAGGGGGGAGGGGAGAGGAGAGAAAGAGAGAAACUUCAAUGUGAGAGAGACACAUUGACUGCAGACUCCCGACCCAGCCCCACAGCAGCUGCAGCAUGAGUGGCCCCCCGCCCAGCGUGCCCGAGCCCAGCCCAGCAGAAGGAGCUGGAGGCCGAGCUGGAAAGGCCGUGGUGGGUGCCUGGGAGAAGGGCCCUCGGCUGGGCCCGCGGCUGCCCUCCAUCGUGGUGGAGCCCACCGAGGCGGGUGCUGUGGAGAGUGGGGAGUUGCGGUGGCCCCCCGAGGGCGAGCAGAGGGGUUCCCCGCAGAGCCAGGCUGCUGCCGCCCCCGCGCCCAGCCUGCCAGGAGCACCCAGGGACGUACCAGGCCACCCCGGCAGCGAGUGUGCCAGCUCCGAGGCCCAGGCCCCGCGGCCCAGGGAUAGGACAAGACCAGGGCCAGAUUCUGCUGUCCCUGCCAACGCCGCCACUGCUCCCUGACCACUGGGAGGGUCCCACUGCUCCCUGACCACUGGGAGGACCCCACUGCUCCCUGACCGUUGGGAGGGUCCCACUGCUCUCUGACCGCUGGGAGGACCCCACUGCUCCCUGACCGCUGGGAGGGUCCCACUGCUCCCUGACCGCUGGGAGGGCCCCAGCCCCGGGAAUAAAGCUGGGCCGCGCCUCCACUCACCUCCUCUGGCCAGACCCCUAGCCCCGCCCUCUUCCGCCCAGGGUCAGGGUCGGGAUCAUCCCCUCCCUAUUCUGUGGUUUGAAGCAGAAAUAAAGGCAUUUCCUGG